AUGCAAUGGACCUAUUUCCUUACCAUCCCCAUCAUCACUUUCGCUGCAUGGCAAUAUAGUGUCACAGUUGUUAACUCCAAAUUUCCAAAACUUCGUAACAAGAAGAUAUGUCUAUUGAUCGCGCAUCCUGAUGAUGAAGCUAUGUUUUUCGCGCCAGCAAUGCAAGCUCUUACGGAUCCGGAACUUGGAAAUCAUGUUAAAAUUCUCUGUUUGAGUAGUGGUGAUGCAGAUGGAUUAGGAGAAACUCGGAAGAAGGAACUUGUUAAGAGUGGGAUGCAGUUGGGCUUGCGACAAGAGAAUGAUGUUUUCGUUUUUACGAGUCCAGAUUUCCCGGAUAGUAUGACGAAGAUAUGGGAUAAAGAAAAGAUCGCCAACCUUUUGGCAUCUGCCUUUUGCCCUCCUCACACAAGAAAAACAGACCUUACAACUGCUCCAACAGCAUCUAUCGAUGUUAUUGUUACUUUUGAUGCGCAGGGAAUUUCUUCGCACCCAAAUCAUAUUUCCUUGUACCACGGCUCUCGAGCCUUGAUCGCAUCUAUGAUGCGGGAUCGUCCAGGAUGGCAAUGCCCUAUUGAUCUUUAUACACUUACCAGUGUCUCAAUCUUCCGAAAGUACACAUCGAUUUUCGAUACCUUGAAUACUAUGGCAGUCGCAGCAUUCUCGAAGCGAGAGAUAGGCGAUCAUCCAAGUCCUUUGUUAAUGAUGAGCGGGGUCGGUCAACUUAGAACUGCGCAAAAGGCCAUGACAACAGCACACAAGAGUCAGAUGAGGUGGUUCAGAUGGGGUUGGAUUGGAAUGUCAAGAUAUAUGGUCAUUAACGAUUUAAAGUUGGAGAAGGUCGUUGUAUAG